CCCCUUCCCCACUGUAUUCUUCUAUUCUUUAUUAUCCUCGAGUAACGUUAAUCUUGUUAAUCUUUUUCGAGAGAAGCCUUACCACUCUUAUCCAUUAUUCCCAACUUAAGUCAACUUUUUCUGACCCUUAACCCUGAUGCCCCCCCCUCCCGCCGCCCGCCUUACCUAACUAAGUCCUGCACUCCGCACCUCCUCCUUCCCUUCACCCAGCUUACUCACUCCGCUACUCGGUGGCCUACGUUGACUACUCUCCUCUACUCUCAAUCCCUUUUCACCUCUCCUCCUCAAUAAUCACCACCGACGACCCUCGCCGUCCUGCCAUUGCCUCCAACACCCACCACCCCUCCUCACCGGCGAACUAUCGGUGACAUCAUCCUCCUCCAACCCAUCACCACCACCGCCAAUAUAAUCCCACCGCCACCACCACCACCACCCACACCCACCCUCACCCUGCUCCGCAGAGCGAUGUGACUGUCACCGCCCGUCGCCACAGCAGAUCCCUCCGCACGCGACACCACAAUGCCCAACCCCGACCCCUCCAGCACGGCCGCGACGUCCUCUCGCGGUGGCUCUGGCGCCGCCACCCCCGACCACUACGACGACGACCACCACGCCGCGGCAACACCCCAAUGGCACCCGCUACACGACCAAACCUCGCCCGACCCGACCGCCCUGCCCCGCGCCACCGCGCCGCUCCAAAAACGUCGCCGCGUCACACGCGCCUGCGACGAGUGCAGACGGAAGAAGAUAAAAUGUGAUGGGAAACAGCCGUGCACGCACUGCACGGUUUAUAGCUAUGAAUGCACAUUCGACCAGCCGUCGAACCGCCGCCGUAACCCGGCACCACAAUACAUAGAAGCGCUGGAGACGCGGCUCCAGCGCGCCGAAGUGCUCCUGCGCUCUUUCGUGCCGAACAUCGAUCUCAGCGAUCCGAACUUCGAGGCCGCGGUCGCGGCAGCGCGCAAGGGCGCAGGAACAGCAGGACAAGCGCACCUCGGAGCCGAGAGAGCGAUGUCCGAGACCUCGCGACCUGGGACGAGCGAGCCAGGCGGCGAAGAGGGGGACGACGCGCAGCUGAGCUCGAUGAUCGAGACGACGGGGCAGCUGGAGAUAGAUGAGCGCGGACACUGGGAUUUCCACGGCGGGUCGUCCGGAGCGGUGUUCCUGCAGCAGAUGCGCGAGCAGUUCGAUGGGCUGCUGGGGAAUGAUACGAAGGCGCCUUUCUUGCCACGGCUGCCGGCGAGACCGUCGACGUUUUCGCAGCUCGAGUCGCCGAGGUCGACGGCCGAGUCGCCGUUUGAAGGGGGGUUGCCGAAUACCCUCGAUCUGCCGGAUAGGGAGGUGGCGCUGAAUCUGUGCUCGAAUGCGCUGGAUUGCGCGUGUGCGCUGCUGAGGAUCGUGCAUACGCCGUCGUUUUAUGAGAUGUUUGAUCGUAUUUAUGAUACGCCGCCGGAAAACUUUGGGGAUGAGGAGAAUAGAUUUCUGCCGCUGCUGUAUUCGAUAUUGGCCUUGGGAAGCAUGUUUAUGGAUCACCCGGGCGCGCAUAAGGGGCAAGAUGUGUCGUAUAAGGAGGGAAUUGAUCAAGGGCUGAAAUACUUCACCGCCGCCCGCCAGAUGAUGGAAAUCACCGACUGCCGCGACAUGCCCUCGCUGCAAGCCGUCCUCUUCAUGAUCCUCUUCCUCCAGUCCUCCGCCAACCUGAGCACGUGCUACUCCUACAUCGGGAUUGCCUUGCGUUCAGCGCUGCGUAUGGGUCUCCACCGCAAUCUCACCUACAACUUCAACCCGAUUGAGCGCGAGACGCGCCGCCGCGCCUUCUGGAUCAUCCGCAAGAUGGACACAUACGUGAGCGCACUUCUAGGGUUCCCCAAGAUGCUAAAUGAUGAGGACGUCGAUCAAGAACUGCCCGUCGAGGUUGACGACGAAUACAUCACCCGCGAAGCCAUCUUACCUAUGCCGCCGGGAAAACUCUCUAUCUUCGCCGCCAGCAACGCACAUACAAAGCUCAUGUUCAUCCUCGCAAAGGUGAUCCGCGACGUCUACCCGCUCAAAUCCGCGGACCAAUGCAUGCCAGGCUCCGAGCGCCCAACUUACGUCGUCAGCCACGCCAAGAUUCAGGCUAUCGAAUAUGACCUCCAAGCCUGGCUUGAGAAGCUCCCCAUGGGGCUUCGACCCGGCGGCGACGCCCCCGAGGAUGUAGUUCGCGUCCAACAACUCCUCCGCAUGGCCUACGCACACGUGCAAAUGAUGCUUUACCGCCCCUUCCUCCACUACGUGUCCUCCCGCCCUCCCCCCCACGGCAGCAAGCCCGUCGACGAGCGCAGCUACGCCUGCGCCGCGGCUUGCGUCAGCGUCUCGCGCAACAUCGUGCACAUCACGGCCGAGAUGCAGCGACGCGGUUUCCUCAUCGGCGCGUACUGGUUCACCAUGUACACGACCUUCUUCGCGAUCCUUUCGCUCGCCUUCUUCGUGUUGGAGAACCCAGGGAAGCCAGGAGCCGAGGAAAUCAUGGAGAAUGCCAGCGUGGGACGCGAUACCCUCAAGGCAUUGGCGAGGAGAAGCAUGGCAGCCGAUCGAUGCAGCCAAUCCCUCACCGUCCUCUUCGAACAGCUCCGUCUACGCCUAAACCUCAACCCCCCCACCCAAACCAAAUCCAACAAACGCCCCCAACCCUCCCACCACCUCGCCACCCCCAGCACCACAAGCACAACCACCAAAUCCACCGCCACCACCUCCAGCACCCCCGACCUCGCCGCCCCGCAACGCGCGCGCACCUUCCCUACCCCCCCCUCACAGUUUCCAUUGAACCCACAACGCCGCUUUGCGCCCUCGACGAGCGAUCCGAAUCUUCGCGCUUCGUUCGAUAUGCGCGCUUCCACGCCGUCGGGGGGGACAUCGGCGGGGGCCUCGACACCGGAUACGCCUGCGUCGAUGGCGUCGAUGGGGAUGGGUGGGUUGGGACUGGGACAGCAGCAGCAGGGGGGCCAGCAGGGACAGCAAUAUUACGGCGGCCUUGGGGCGGGUGGUGGUAUGGGCGAGGAGUUGCCGGAUUUGUCGGCUGUGAUGUUUCCGAGUAGUGAUCCGUUUGCGUAUCCCGCGCAGCCGAUGUUGAAUACGUACCACACCGGUAAGGGGGGGAUGGAUAGUAGCGGUGAGACGGAGAUGGAUGAUUCCACCACCAGCGGAGGCGGUGACGUGCCAGCAACGACGACGUACCUCGAUCCCAGCAUGACUGGCAACAGCGGGCUCUUCUCCGACCCCUCGCAAGGGAUGUACGGCGAUCUGGAGGGCCAGAUCUUCGGUCCGCUGCCGGGGUUUCUGAUGGAGGGCGGGAUGGGAGGUAUGGGGAUGGGAAUGGGGAUGAAUGGGUUUGGGGGCGAUGGGAUGGGGGGAACUGCCGGGGAAGGGGUGGUGCAGCAGGUUGGGAUGGUGGGAUUGGGGAUGGGUGGGGGGAUGGGGGGGAUGGGGAAUUUCGGUGGGAUGGGCGGGUAUGAUGAUGGGUAUGGAGGGGAGGGGUGGGGAGGUGGUGGUAGUGGUGGUGGCAAUGGGGGCGGGGGUGGGGGGUAUGGUGGUGGUGGGGUUUAG